AUGGACAUAAUUUUGGAAAUUGAGUUGAAAGAAUGCGAGAACGGAGACACGAUAGAAAUAAUCCAGUCCCUGGACCAAAUGAUGCGAGGCCGAGUGACAGAGAUCCACGAGCUGCGACUCGUGUCCAACCGGAUCCCGAAAAUGCCAACCCGGGCCUUCGGGUCCCUGCGGAUCCAGAACCUGGUCCUGUCCAACAACGGGCUGGAAACAAUCGGUCGCCAAGCCUUCGGGGGCCUCGAACCCACCCUGAGGGAACUGGUCAUCGAAGAGCCCACGUUAUUGUCAAUCCCGGCAGACACCCUGGCCCCUCUACGAGAGUUGGAAGUGUUGUCACUGCGAAACACUCCCGUGCAUGAUCUGGAACCCAUCGUGGGUCCCAGUAGGCUCAGAUUUGUUCACGUGGACAGAGCGGCAUUGUUGGACAUCCCGCCGCAAGCAUUCGCGGCUCUGCCUUCGCUCCGCUUUUUGCACAUCACCAAUUCAGCAGUGCGAAAAUUGCACCCCAGGGCAUUCCACGAUCUGCCCGCGCUUCUCAUCAUGAACCUGACAGGGAAUCACAUCACUGCCAUUCAUCCUGAAGCUUUCAGUGCUACACCAAGCCUGGAAACCCUCAUUUUGGACGGCAACAACGUCAAGGAUGCGGACAUGGUUUCUGAAGCAGUUGGACACCUGAGGUCCUUGAGAACUUUGGAAAUGAGAAACAAUGACAUUGAAAGACUUCCUUCAAGAUCUUUCGACAGACUGGAAUCCGUGGAAAAUUUGAUCCUCAGUGGAAACGAGUUGGCUGAAGUGCAUCCAGCUGCUUUUUCUCGCAUGCCUUCAUUACAGGUGCUGGACUUGAGUUUCACGGGUUUAGUGGACCUGCACCCAGAGACUUUCGAUGGAACCCCGCGGUUGGCUGAGCUGUACCUGGGAGGCAAUAACGUGACCCUGUUGGCAGGAGUGACGAGGGCCACAAGGGCGCUGCCAUCUUUGAGGGUCCUCGACUUGAGCAGGAAUGAAGUUGCCAGUGUGGAAUCCGGGGUUUUCCAUGGACACCAUAAUCUGGAGUCACUCUACCUCGACAGGAACAAGUUGUCGGCAGUGCACAUGGACGCCUUCGGCGACCUCCGCAGCCUCCGAAAACUCGACCUCCACGACAACUACCUCACCAGCGACACCAUGGUGCGCGUGGGGCGUCCCUGGCGCCUCCCCAACCUCCACACCCUCGUCCUAUCCCGCAAUGAGCUGACUCACAUAGCCCGAGCCGCCUUCGAGCACAUGCCGUCGGUGAUGCAUCUGGAUCUCCGCGACAACAACAUCGAGACGCUGGAAAACGGCGCCUUUUCCGCACUUCACCGCCUCGAGUACCUCAACGUGUCGCACAAUAAAAUCCAGGAAAUACCCCAGGAGUGCUUUGCCAAAUUGGGGGAAUUGCGGGACCUGGAUUUGAGUUACAAUGUCGUCGAGGAGCUCGGGCCCGGGGUUCUGGCGGAUUUGUGGAAUUUGAGAGCGUUGCACUUGAAGCAUAAUCAAAUAUCCACGUUUGCGCCCGAUGCUUUGCCGCCAGAUAGUAAUCUGGUGUUUCUGGACGCCUCUGAGAAUUUCAUCAAGGAUUUCGAGCAGUGGCCCAUGAGUGCUAGAAGAAGGCUGAAACAUUUGGAUUUGUGCUGGAACGAGAUUGAAGAAGUCGGGGAAGCUUUUUUCGAAAACUUGGAAAGCAUCAACACGCUUCUGCUGGCAAACAACAUGAUCAAACGGUUGUCAACGUCCGAAACAAAGCCCACAAAAUCCCUGCGAACCCUGGACAUCAGUGGCAACCAGCUUCAAGAACUCGACCCGAAAUUCCCACAACAAUUUUCCUCCUUGGAAUGCCUAAACGCCAGCAGAAACGGGAUCCGAACCCUGCCAACCCUGAGACCCCUGUCACGACUCCACACCCUGGACCUCUGCAACAAUUCCCUCACCCGACUCGAAGACGCAGUUUUCUCAGGCACCACAUCACUUCAAUACCUGGACCUGAGUGAGAAUAUCCUCAGGGAAAUCAACCCGGGCACUUUCCGGCCCCUCGGUGCCCUCAGGCAACUGAACCUACGCAAAAACGAAUUGCCGAGUUUGCCCAAAGACUUCAUUGCGGGUCUGUGGACGCUUUCGGCCGUCGACCUGUCGGAAAACGGCAUCGAGAAUGUCCAAGAGCGAGCCUUCAACGCGUUGCCGAAUGUCAAAGAGGUUGACCUGAGUCGGAAUAGGAUAGUGCGGGUCGAUCCCGGGGCAUUCGAGGGUCUGAGUUCACUGAAAAGCCUGCGGGUGGAAGGAAAUGCCAUAGAACGGCUGGAAGGGGACGUUUUCAGAGACACCCACGACGUGAAGUUGGUCAACUUGAGCCACAACUUCUUCGACAAGUUCCCGACAGAUGCCCUGAGGAGUUUGAAAAGCGUGAAGGUGGUCGACCUGAGUCACAAUCGGAUCCUGGAAGUUUCUCAGGACGAAAUCGAACAGCUUCCCGACGUCUCUUCAGUGAUGCUGAAUGACAACAACAUUUGCAAGUUCCACGGGAGCAAGAAUUUUCGCAACAGGAACAUAACGCGGAUGAAAACUUUGGACCUGCACAACAAUUAUUUGAUGUACCUGCCUGAGGAACCUUUCAGAGAUCUGAUGCAUACCGUCAACAAUCUCGAUGUUUCAGGCAAUCCUUUGAUGUGCGAUUGCGAACUCGCGUGGCUUCGUGACAUCUAUUCCCGUCAGCUCGUUGAGGAAUACGAUCUUCAGCGCCGCGGAGUUCGAAGAUUAGACUUGUUUACGAACAGUCGAAUCAUGCCUGAAGAACUUCAACCACGAUGCUACUUUCCGGAAACACAUCGCGGUCAGAGCAUCACUGAAAUGUCACCCGUGGAUUUCACUUGCGAUGUCAACACUGAGUCAGCCGAUAGAGGCAGCGGAUGUUCUUUGCUACCGUUAGUGGUAGAUGAAGGCGUCGACGAAACGAGUCUAAGCACUGGAACUGGUUCUGCGGGAAUACCCACGACUCAUCCGACGCCGACUUCUUCUUACACGAACACAGGUUUGGGGAACGCAUCAGAUGAUUUCCCACUGCCAUUCCACCGCAUGUCGAAUCACUACGGGAAACUGGACGAUUUCCAUGACUGGACAUCACCGCAGAAUGCGGAAGUAGCGCUAAAAUCACCAUCAGCACCCAGCAAUAUUCCUCCCGCAACGACACCUCCAAACGGAAAACUCAAGCCAGAAUCGGAAAGGCUCUUGGACGAAACCGUAUCUUCCGAUUUCAUUCCCGGAGACACUCCAACAAUAUACGCGGGUUCUUCACUGAAACCCCCACCGGGUUUGAACAGUAACGAUCGUAACGAUGCUGCGAAACAGCACGGAAACAGGAAGACCCUUUUUGGGUUUCCAUUGCCCAAGAUACCCGUCGACUUCCGGUUAACCUUUGGGCUGGACAAGCAGAAGGGCAAGAAUCUUCCUUCUGGGGGCUUCGGAGGCUUGGGAUCACUCCUGGACAAUGUUGGAUCAAAAUGGGUGAACAGUCCACCAAAGAAAAAUCCCUUGGCUUCAGAUCUGGUGAACUUACCCGAAGAAUAUCCGGAAAGCGUCAGUAAUCCGGCAGCUGAAGAAGCAGACAUUUCUUCCGGCUCAGCCUCAGCUGCACCAGCACCCUCCGCAGAAAGCGCCUCAGGCCCACAGGAUUAUCCUUCAUUGGAAGCCCCGUUCUUGCAUGAGGAAGAAUCAACAGGAAAAGUAAUCCGUCCACAAAUCCAGAAACCGACUCCCGUCGCACCACCGGAAAGUGACUCGUCACCUUCCAGCUUUGGUGACUUCUCUUCUGAGCCGAAUAACGUUGAAGUUUCGCCUCCAGCGGAGAGUCCAUCUCUUGCACCGGAGACUGAUAAAACCAGACUAUCCUUGCCUCCGGAUUAUUUUGGAGGAGGGAAAAUCGAUGAAGACAAGGAUGAAACUACCUCAGUUGCCUUGGAUGAUAUACCACAGCAGAGAGUGACCACAACUGAAUCCACACCAACCAGUUCUUCAACACAAAGAGUUGAAGCCAAAUCCCCGCCACCACCUGAAGUUGAAACAUCCUCAUCAAAUGAAUCCAAAACCCCACCAACAGUUGCAGCUGUGACAAAGCUCAUUGACAACUCAGUACAUCACCGACCCUUGGAGGAUUUGACAGAUGAAGAAGUUCACAUGCCUUUAGAGGACAUGAGCCCUGGAGAAGUCAACGUUUUUCACAAAGGCACUGGCCAAAGCAAUGAACCAUCAUUCGAAGAGAAGCUCUUGCUGAAUCCCAAGCGGAAACAGAAGGCAUCUCUGCCACUUCCGCAUUCUCUCAACAAUGACCCAGUUUCUUGGGCCGGGAUCCUGGGUUUGAAGCCACCUGAAGAACACGAAUUGGCCACUGAAGAACCCGUCACAGUGGCCUCCACUACAUCUGAUUCCCGCAAUCCCAAGCUUUACAACGAACUUGAGUUCAUGAACAAGUUUGUGACAAAUUUCCGCGAGGAAAUUUUCAGCGAUGAGCCUCGUUCCUCGACUAAUGCGGGUUCGAGCAAACUUUGUGCUGUUCCUCCAGUGGUUGCUGUUGCGCUGAUUGCGAUUUUCGAUCUCUGGAGAUGAAAGGAGUAUUUGUUCUUGCUGUUUCCAGGUUUUUGAGAUAAUACCGAUAAGUAAAAAGAAAUCUAUUGUUAACAUUUUUAAUCUUCCAGACUGAAAUUUGCAAAAAAUGAAGUUCAAUUUGAGGAGCAGAAUCUCUUUCGAACAAUAGAUCAGUUGCUGCCAUUUGUUUGACAAAAUAUUUUCCAUCAGCGCUUCAUUCCCACUGUUCUUGAAUAUUUAUAUUUCAAGAGAUAUUCAGAUUAAUCAUUGAGUGCAUGAAGAAAUUUUCAGUUUCGUAGAAAAAUGAUAAUGGAAUGAAAUGUUGCUUUUUUCAACUGAAAGAUUUUGGAGACCGAAUUGUGAAAUCCGUCCAAAUUUGUGUUGGAAAUUAAUCCUGAAAAAGGAUUUAUAUUUGUAAGAAAAAAACUGAGCUGUUGUGCGCUAGUCACGAGAAGUUGUGCUGAACAAGGUAAUGCAAACAAACGAACGAAAAAACUUUCAGUCAAGUCGGAUGAAUUUGUUUUGUUUGUCUGUUUUUUGGAAGCGCGAACAUUUUUUAAAGGUGGUGAAUGUGUUAUGAAAUAUUUUGUGAAGAUCCGUUUUCUGCUUUGAGUGGGGGACAAAGAUGAUGAUGAUUGUCAUUAGCCAGAAUCUGCUGCGUAGAAAUUUGAUUUUCUACAAAUCCUUUUGAUUUAAGAAAACUGGCAAGAAAAAAAAAGCGAUUCAAAACCAAA